GUCAUUUCCAGCAUCAUUACGUUCUCUACUUGAUUCUCUACUUGACGAUCUCGAGUCUGUGACUCGAUACGUUGAUCAGCUCCGGGCUCGCAUCCUUUCCACAUCCCCUCGAGCUGGUGGUGGUUUUCAGAAUAUGAGGCUCCGACCGAUACUGGGCGUCGCCCUCACCACGCUGUUCUGGACGUGCUGGGCGCAGACGAACCAGACUGCAUUCCUUACUGCGUUUUCCCAUGUUCCAACAUGUGCCCAACAAUGCAUCCUUUCGAAUAUACCCGCAUCAGCAUGUAAAACAUUCAGCAACGCCACUUGCAUAUGUACAGAUCAGCGGCUCAAAGACGUUACCCAGGCUUGCCUGGUGGAAGCUUGCAGCGUAUCAGAAGUUCUCACAGUCGGGAGGGUUCAGGCUGAUGCUUGUAACACACCCUUGCGGUCCCAGAAGGCAGAGCUUAUGGCCCCAUUGGCCAUCGAAUUGUUGGGAAUACCUGCAGUACUCCUACGGCUAUUCAGCAGGUGGAGAUACACCGCCGGGUACGAUAUCGAUGACUGGAUCAUGGUCGCUUGUCUCCCAAUCUUUAUUGUGUUCGAAGUUGUUGGCCACAUCUCUGGCCAAUUGGGAUUCGGCGUCGACACAUGGAUGGUCGAGGAAGAGGUAUUCUCAUACGCACUCAAGCUGUUCUACAUUGAUGAGUCGUUCUACCUCACGGUGCUCGUCCUGACCAAGAUCUCUAUCCUCUUCUUCUACCUUCGCAUCUUCCCGCAGAAGAAGUUCCGGUGUGCAUGUUACGCUGUGAUGGCUUGGGUGGGCGGGAGCGGGGUGAUCUUCGUGUUCAUGCAAAUAUUCCAGUGUCUUCCGACAGAAUUUGUCUGGCUGGGCUGGCUGGGCACAUUUGGACCGCACCGAUGCCUCAACGUGCACGCCCUGACAUAUACUGCCGCCGCUUUCAGCAUCACACAGGACCUUGUCAUACUGAUCAUGCCGCUGCCCCUGCUCUGGAACCUGAACACGGGCCUGCGACAGCGCAUCGAUAUCGGCAUCAUGUUCAGCCUGGGCUUCUUCAUUCUGCUCACCAGCUGCAUCCGCCUCGCCUUUAUCGUCAAGUUCGCCAACACGUACAACCCGUCGCGAGACUACGUAGGGCCGCUGAUCUGGUCCGGGCUCGAGUGCGGCGUCUCAAUGAUCGUCACCAGCCUCCCGGGCAUCCGGACAAUGCUGACGCGCAGGCGGUCGGCGCUGGCCGGGUCGACCGCCGUUAAGCGCUCCGAUUAUGCGUCUCAGGGCUCCUCGCGCUGGGGUAGCAAGGCGCUAUCCGGGAAGAAGAGUACCAAUUGGUCGCUCUUCAGUACAAAGGCCGGCACUCAGGUUCAGAACGAGAGCGAAGUCGAGCUGGGUGACAAGAGCCGUGCGCCAGAGUCUCUAAAGAUGGGCGAUGUCCCGGUAUCCGGCACCGGGCAGAGAAACCCUUCGGUUGAGAGAGGUUAUUAUCCUUGAAAAUAGCAUUGCGUCACUUGAUUU